AUGCCGACUGAUAGGUUGAAGGCUGCCAAGACCAGAGAACGGGACUCGACUUCGCCCUCUGCUACACCAAGCACUACCACUGCGUCGAUAUAUCCUGGUGAUGCAUCGCAGACAGAGGUACCUUCUAGCCACGCAUUUGAGCCACUUGAAACCCUUCUUGUGCGCUUGUUGGACGAUGAGGAGCGCAAGUUCUUCCGUGCACUUGACUGCGAAGUAGAGCGCAUCACGCGCUUUUACAAUGAGCGAGAACACGAGGCCGUGGAGCGACUGUCGACGCUUGUGACGCAGCUCUUGGAACUGGCGGAGCAUCGGCGCGCGUACAAGGCACAGACAAAGCGGAUAGGGAAUGGUCAACUUGGCUUAAAGCACAUUCUAUCGAGGGUGCCUCGUAGCUUAGAUGCGAGUGAAAUGCAGCGACUCCGUCUGAGCACGCAGGGCCUUGAGCCACAGGAUCCCGAAGAUCCAAAGGCCGCGAGCCAAGACGGAGAGGAUCUCGGAAAUAAGCGCCGUGAGUAUGCGUUGGAGCAAGUACAGAACUUGCGGUUAUGUCCCGUGCCAAGCACACCACCCAGGCCGGCGACACCAUCAAUGGAAGAUCAUUCCCACCAACAUCAGUAUCAACACGACCCUGUUCAUUACAAGGCAGCGCGAAAGAAAUUACGAACAGCUGUCAUUGAGAGCUACCGCGCACUGGAGAUCCUUAACAACUAUGCGAUCUUGAAUCGCACGGGAUUCAACAAGAUUCUGAAAAAGUUCGACAAGACACUGGAGACCCAAAUCUGGCAUUUGUAUUACGAUGCGCGCAUAGCGAAAGCGUCAAUUGUUGCCUCCGACACUGUGCCGCGCAUGAUCCAUGCUCUCGAAGAAAUUUUUGCCAAUUAUUUUGAGCACGGGAACCGGAAGCGUGCAAGAGACUUGCUGCGCGCCGGUGCAGCGCAUGCACUGAUGCCGCAUGAUUGUGGUCAUAGUGCUAGCACGUUUAUCACCGGACUAUACCUGGGUGUGGCGUUGUGCCUGACAGUCGAGGGGUUGCAGGGCGCAAUGAAGUCCAGCACGCAAGCACAAAUUCCCUUGUGGCCCCAGCUGCUUGUUGUUUACUCGGCCCUGUUUUUGCCGACGCUAUUUGCGUUGCUGUUUGGACUGAAUUUAAUUGCGUGGCAGCAUGUGCGCAUCAAUGUCGUCUUUAUCUUUGAGUUUGACGCUGCCAAUGCACUGGAGCCUGUACAAUACUUUGAAAUACCUGCUUUCUUUCUCUUUCUUCUAUCGUUGUGCUUUUUCUUCUCGUUUGCAGGCAAUGCGCCAGAAGCAACGUUGCUGGCGCCGACAAUGUGGCCAUAUGUGUGGCUUGGCACGGUGUUUGGCUUACUGGUAAAUCCGUUGCCGAUCAUGUACAAAUCCAGCCGGCGCUGGUUCGUCCGGACAUGUGCACGUGUGCUCUCAGGUGGACUCGUUGGGAGUGUCGAGUUCCGAGACUUUUUUAUCGGCGAUGAGCUUAAUAGUAUUGCAUACUCCGUGAGCAACUUAUGGCUCAUGGCCUGUGAGUAUCGAGCGGGAUGGAUUGCACCCAACAUGUGCGUUGGAUCUGCGUCGCUUUGGACACCUGUGCUGAGCUCAGCACCGGCCUUCCUGCGUUUGCUCCAAUGUGUCCGACGCCAUUACGACUCGCACGGCUCGACGUGUGUGCAUUUGAUCAAUGCAGCCAAGUAUGCAUCGACGAUUCUACAUGCAUUUUCGUACUUUGCGUACCGGACAACUGGGUCGCAAAGCACGCUCUGGUUUGUCGCAUGGAUUUUGUGUGCGACGAUCAACUCGAGCUUCACCAGCACUUGGGACAUCCUCAUGGAUUGGAAUCUCCUGCAUGCAGAUGCGCGUUUUCCUUUGCUGCGAAUGCAUCUGUCAUUUGAUGACAUCUGGCCGAUGUACUAUUUCGCAAUGGUGUCGAAUGUGGCGAUUCGCUUCAUUUGGAUCAUUUAUUUGUUCGGCACAUCCAAGUCUGUGCCGAUACGUGCAUUUAUCGCCGCCUCGCUAGAAAUGCUUCGUCGCUGGCAGUGGAACUUUUUGCGUCUUGAAAACGAGCAUGUUGGUAAUGCUGAUACGUACAAGAUCGUGCGUGACUUGCCUCUCCCGUAUCCAGUGCAGCGGCGGCCAGAGUCCACUGCUGACGAGGAGGAUGAGCUGGGCAUUGGUGACAAUGAGGCCUCUCGCGCGCCGUCGAUGUCCCAGCCGAAUGUGGAGGACCAGCUUUUUGCUUCCCUCACUGAGACGCGAAUGCACUUGGACCAACACCGACAGCAAGAGACGACGUCAGCGUUGGGACGCAAGGGAAACAAAGCACCUCGUAAUGAGUGA